GAUGUUAACAAAAUUAGAAUACCAGAUAUGUCUCGAUUAUCAACGCCGAAACCAGUUAUGCAUUUGGCAUCAGCCACAGAGUUUCAUCGCCAACCAAGUGCAGUCCCAAAAACGCCUUACAAGCCAGGUACGGGUUAUAGAUCAGGUACCGGAUUUAAAUCAAAUGUCUUUGGCAAACCUGGCACCGGUUUUAAACCUGGUACGGCUGGAUUCAGGCCUGGCACUGGCAUCGAUACUAUAAACAGACCGAUGACAGCAGUAAGAGGAGCUGGAUACACGUCCCACGGGAAACCUUUCGACCCUCUGAACCAAGCUGCUUCGGUUCCAACCCCACCUUUGGAAUUGCAAAAGGAUGAUUCGCCAGAAGAAAGAAUUCGACAGCAAGAAUACAAAAUAAUGCAGCUCGUUGAGCAAGCGUGUAUCGCUCAAAGUGAAGGAGACUUCAGACAAGCCCUUACCAAGGCAAAAGAAGCUUCAAACAAAGAGAGGAAUUUGAUACGACUCCAGGAACAAUCUGGUUUAGGAGAUCAUCAUAAUAUAGAUCUUACUUAUGCAGUUUUAUUUACAUUAGCCAACCAGUAUGCCGCUAAUGAACUCUACACUGAAGCCAUAAACACGUACCAAAUGAUAACAAAAAACCGAAUGUUUGCAAAUGCUUAUAGAUUGAAAGUCAACAUGGGUAAUAUUUAUUUUAAACAGGGACAGUAUCAAUUGGCAGUGAAAAUGUUUCGUAUGGCUUUAGAUCAAGUACCGUCUACCCAAAAACAUCUUAGGAUUCGAAUUAUGCACAACAUUGCGAUGGUUUUUAUCAGAAUGGGGCAAUGGGAAGAAGCUAUUGGUAGUUUGGAAUACAUAAUGAGUGAGCAAGCAUGCCACAGAGCAGGUUUACAUCUGGUAGUAUGUUCCAGAGCUUUAGAAGACAAAGAAAGAAUGCGUUCUUCUUUUUCACUUUUGCUCUCUGUACCCUUGAAUAUUGAAGAUGAGGACAAGUAUAAUCUAGAACAGGAUUCGCCAGAAGAUGCUUUGAUCGCUUUAGCCAUUCAAGAUGAUGAUCUUCAUAGAUAUGAAACACAGAAACGCAGAGAAGCUGAAUACUGCAUACUAACAGCAGCCAAGCUAAUAGCUCCUUUUAUUGAAGAGACAUUUGGAAAAGGAUAUGACUGGUGUGUGUCAGCCAUAAAGAUCUCGGAAUAUGCUCGUCUAGCUCUAGACCUUGAAAUCAACAAAGCUGUGAUGUUCUUAAAGCAAAAACAACUGGCUGAAGCUAUUGAAACGUUAAAAGCAUUUGAAAAAGAUUCUGUAAUAGCUAUAAACGCUUCUGUUAACCUCAGUUUUAUAUAUUACCUGCAAGGAGAAUAUGACACUGCUCUUAGAUACGCAGAAGUCGUUGAAAAACAAAACGCCAAAAGUGCCGAAGGCUUUGUCAACUACGGCGCAUGUUUAAUGGCCAAAGGUAAUGUCGGAGAUGCUAUCAACUGUUUCCAAAAAGCUCUGGCCUGUGAUCCUACGUUUUUUGAAGCUAUUUUUAAUUUAGGACUGUGUUUAAAACGUCAAGGACAUUACGUAGAAGCUCUUUCUUGCUUUCAACGGUUCUCCGGAUCUUUAGCUCUUCUCCCUGCAGUGGUGUAUCAAGUAGCUAACUUGUUAGAAUUAAUAGGAGACAACGAAGCAGCGGCCGAUACAUACCAACAGCUUCUUGGUUUAGUGCCCACAGACGCUAAGGCUCUUCAAAAACUGGGAGAACUAUAUGACCAUGAAGGUGAUAAGCAGCAAGCUCAUCACUAUCAUACUGACUCUUACAGAUAUUAUCCUGCCAAUUUGUCAGUUAUCGAUUGGCUUGGAACUUACUAUAUCGAAAUGCAAGUUGUAGAAAAGGCGUUAACCUAUUUUGAAAAAGCAGCCUUCAUGCAGCCCCAAGAACCAAAAUGGAAUAUGAUGGUGGCUGGUUGUCAUAGAAGGAGUGGAAAUAUGCAUAAAGCGCUAACGCUAUAUCAGGAGAUUCACAGGCAAUUCCCUGAAAAUUCAGAAUGCCUAAGAUUUCUAGUAAGAUUGUGCGGCGACCUUGGUAUGCGGGAAGCACAAGAUUAUCUGAUGGAAUUAAAGAAACUGGAGAAAUCGAAGGAAGUCAGAGAACGAGUGAACAGUAGUAGACCAGGUUCCAGGAGAACAAAUAGUGGUCUAUCUUCAAGAGCAGGUUCAGGAUUCAGUCCUGUACCUGAAAACGGUCCCCUAAAAUCUCCACCGCACUCUGGUAAUAGAAAUUUACGUUCCUCUAGAUUAAUGCAAGCACAUAAUAGUGGGGGUAGUGCUGAUUCCGGAUUUGCACAACCAGCUAUAGAUGCCAGUUAUUCUGAUCCCCUUGGCCCUCAACCACUGAGACCCAGAACUGGAGCCGGAAAACCGUUAGAUUUCGAUGACUUCAGCAACGAAGAAUUAGGAGAUGAUCUUUUACCCGAAUAAGAGUUCUAUUAAUUAGUUAUAAUUUAGAGUUGUUUUAUAUUAAUAAAAGCUAAAAUUAACUUAGCUGUUGAUAAAC